AUGCCUGUCUCACACAUCACCCUCACGGUCUCUCACCUGCCGACCUCAACGUCCUUCUUCUUAUCAUGUCUGCAACCAUUGGGAUACCAAUUCAUUGGGCGGCAUGACGACUACAUAGGUUUCGGUCAGAAGCAGGGGGAGCCUGCUGACUUCUGGAUGACUGAGACCAAGCCUGGAACUCCUCCAGGUGCAGUUCAUGUCGCCUUCCCAGCCCCGUCGAAAGACGCAGUAGGCUCGUUCUUCAUAAGCGCUCUCAAAGCAGGCGCGAAGAUACAUGGGGAACCCAAGGAGCGAGAUUCGACUUCUGGGUACUUCAGCGCAGCCGUUGUCGACUUCGAUGGUAACAGCAUUGAAGCCGUGUACCGGCCCGAGGUGUCCUCCGCUGCAUCGGCGGUCAGCGGGCCCACGAUGGCUCUGCUGGAGGAUUCCAAUCGAUCUGUGGUUUCGAAGGCAAGCAGCCGAGCUAGCACCGUCAAGGCAGAGAGUGUCGCACCGAGAUCCGAAGCAGGAUCCGUGGCUAGGUCCGUGGCCAGAUCUGAGGCCAAGUCUCGUGCACCCACGACCGUUUCAAAGGCACCUACAGCCGUUUCCAAGGCGCCUACGGCCGUUGAGCGGUCUGCUCCAACUGUCGUUUCCCGCGCUCAACCCCCGCAGACGUCGUACAUUGUGCAAACGGUCCCGGCCCCAGCCGACGACGGUAGCAAAGCAGCCAAGACAAUCGUUGGUACGCUCAUUGGCGCCGCUGCUGGUGCUGCGAUCGCAUAUGCAAUGGUUAAAGGUGACUCGCAGUCAACCGAAGAGCCAAGGAGCCAGCCUCAGCAAUUCCCUACGGAUUUCCCACAGAUCAAGGCUGCAGCUCAGUCUUUCUUCGGUGCUGGCAACAACAACAAUAAUGCCCCCCAAGAGCAAGAGCUCCAGCAGUUCCGCGCCAUCGAAGCACCACCACCACCUCGCAGCGUCUACUCGGCUGCCUCAGGCCCGCGGUCUACGAUCUCUCGCAGUGUGACUUCCAAGAACCCACGUGCCAGCACCAUCUACGAGGGCACCGAAUUCCACGGUGACAACAUGCGCCGUGCCUCCGAGGGCUCAGUCUACACUAUCCCCGAGGACGCCCCGCUCCGCGCUAUUGAGUACCCGCCCGCCAGCGCCGCCUCCCAGCAGCGGUAUCCUUGUGCUCCUUCGACUUUCAUCAGCAGCUACCACGAGGAUAUGCCACGCCAUAUGUCGACCGGCAGCGUGCAUAGCGCGCAUAGCGCCUCGACCGUGAAAGCCGGCUCUGCGACUCGGCGCCACAGCACCGAUGACAGGGACACCUACUCAUCCGUCAGUCACCGCAGCCAAAGCGUGCACAGUCAUCACAGCCAGCAGUCGCACCGCUCGGUUCGCACCUCCUCGCACGCUGGCAAAGACAAGGACAAUGCCAGCGUUGCGUCAUCAAAGUCUGCGCGCAACAUCCCGCUCCCGGUGACCUCGACACCCAGCUUCUACUCUAGCUCGAGCAUCCACAGCAAAGACAUCGCUAUUGGACCUAAAGACUCCUACGUCAGCCCCAGUGACCACUACGGGCCGAAGGAUUCGUAUAUCUCCGCACGUCAUGUAUUGCUGCCCGAAAGUGUGCUCGACGUUGAUGUUGAAUCCAAUGUGUCGCCCGAUGAUUCGAUCAGCCAGGCUGGCGGACGAUCCAACCAUUCCCACCGCUCGCACCGCUCGCACCGCUCUAGUCAUUCCAAGCGGGAGCCUAGCGUGCACUCCAAGUCCGGUUCCAAGUUCGAUGAGGCUGUGAGACCCGCUGAUUCUGUUAGUCAGGUGUCUCGGGCCUCUCAGCGGACUGUCAAGGCUGAAGGCAGCAAGGCUGGCUCCAAGGUUGGUGGCAGUCGUCGUGGUAGUCAGGUUGCAUGA